ACUAUUAUAGAUGCCAAAUAUUCUUUAUUCAGGACAAUGUAACAUCACUGAUGAUAUGUGAUAAGGUUAAAUUUUUUUGGAUGAUAUAUAUUUUAUUUACAAAAUAUUAUACACUGUUGGUAUUACCAUAUGAAAAGAAAUAAAGUCAAUUGAUAAUUGCCUCAUAUUUUUAUUGUCUGUUUCUUGAUUUUCCUUUGCUCUGAAUAACCAUUUGGCUUUAUUUCUGACAUAAAGAGUAACGCAAACUCUUUACAAUUCACAAAAUCCCAUUAACUUGUGUGAGUGGAGUUUAUAGCGUGUAUCAAUAGACAAAUUUGAGGGCUUCGCUUAAGAAACUUUUAUGUGAAAGGAAACACAGGCAGCUGAACUAGUGGGUGAGGAAUCACAGCAGAGGGAUAUUGGAAAAGCAAAAGGAAAUGACUUGCCUACAAAUUGGAAGAAGUUAGUUGUAGAAAGAACUGAGUUAUGUAUGUAUGGUUCUAUAAAGAACUGAAUGUUAUUUUUUUCAUUUAUUGUUAUUUACUUCAAUGCCAAAAUCAUUCCACUCAAACUGACUCCUGUGUGCUUUACCUGUCCCCAACAUUCAUUGAGCAUUGUGUUAAUUUCAAGUACAAUAUGGCAUUCAAAUCUUAGCUCUUACUUUCCCCGCCUAGUCCUAAGAACAAUUUGUUCUCUAAAAAGCCCUGGUUCUUUGUAAUGGAGACAUCAUUUGGAUGUCUUGGCACUCACUGUACUCAUUCUUACAAGAUUGUCAUUGCCCUGUAAGUGUGUCAGGCUUGGCAAUAUAUGUAUAUGAAUCCAUAUACAACUACAACCAUUUAUAUAUAUAGUUGUAUGUGUAUGUUACAAAAUCCCCAGGUCAUAUUGACGAAAUGCUAUUUUUCAUGAAACUAAGAUUUGAAAAAAAAAAAUAUGUUGGAAGAGAUUACCCAAUAGGAAAAGUAGAGUGACUAUAACUAGAAACCGGAUGUUUUUCUGUGUGAAAGUUAAUAUCUCUAAUUUAAUAUGAAUCUGUAUGCAUACAACACACCCAGUUGGCAAAUAGGAAGACCUCACAUGUUUAUUUAGCUGUGUGUAUAUAUGCUUACCUAUAGAAUUAGAACACUGGGACCAUGGUAACAGAUGUGACUUCCCCACAGAACUCUUACUCCGAGAAAGAACAGUUGACAUGUUUGAUAUUCUGAAGUCACGUUGAGUGGGUGCAGGGAAAAUGGGGCAAAAACCAUCACAGCAGUUGGCUCUACAGGACAGUGAAGAGGUUAUCAGCAUCAGCGAGGUGGUCAGUGGGGCUAUGGUCCAUGCCGCUCAGAAACUGAAGGAAUAUCUUGGAUUUGAAGACACUCUGAGCCAUCUCUGCCCAGCUCCCAACACUCUCAAUGAGAUCUUUUUAAUCUACUUCGUCACUUUCUGCCAAGAAAAAGGAGUUGACAAGUGGCUCACCACCACCAAGAUGACCAAACACCAAGCCUUACUGUUUGGAGCAGACUGGAUUUGGACCUUUUGGGGACCCGAUAAACAGAUAAGGCUUCAGCUGGCAGUACAGACUCUGCAAAUGUCAUCUCUUCCUCUGGAAUCUAAGCCUUGUGACCUCUCCACUCCAGAGGCCAGGGCAGAAGAGCCUUCCAGCAAGACAAGUAGGUUUGAUAAGCUGGAAGAAUUCUGCAGCUUGAUAGGAGAGGAUUGUCUGGGCCUGUUUAUCAUCUUUGGGGUGCCAGGGAACCCUAAGGACAUCAGAGGUGUUGUCCUAGACAGUGUCAAACAUGAGAUAGCAAGCGGCCAUCUGCCAGGAGGGACAGCCGUGGCCCGAUUCAUCCUGGAAACGGAAGAGUGUGUCUCCAUCAGGGAGCUGCUUGGAAACUGUCUGAGUAAGAAAGAUGGGCUGAGAGAGGUGGGCAAGGCUUAUAUUAGCAUCCUCUGAACCGGCUCUGUGUGAUGAGACUGGCCUAUAAGAUAAAAUGGGAAAAAUAGGUUAUUCUAAUAAGCAAGUUCAUCCUCUUGCAUCAUCUCCUCAUGGGAUUUUUUUUCUCUCCCUCCCCAUCCCGCCCUACAUGGAAUGAAACCAUCACCUGAAUCAAAAAUAUGAGUGCCAUGAUUAUGGACAGGAAAAAAGAAAAAAAAACCUGCCUGUUUUAGGAAAAAUGUAACAAUUUAGCUUAAUCUUUUAUUAUUCAACAGUAGAAGUGGAAGGAGAGGAUCAGAAAAUCACAAAGUCACGCCUAUAACAUUCAAUUUGAACAAUAAAUCAUGUGUUUGAGAGAAUAA